UGCGCCGGAAGCCGUCCCUUUGCGGAGUCUCUGCCCAGGCGGCGGCGGAGGAGGAGGAUGUGUGAAGCCGAGCCGGGAGGCUGCGGGGGCGGCGGCCGAGGGUGUCCUCCUCUCAGGGCCCCCCGGAACAGCCACCCUCUGAAAUGCAUGAAGUGCAAAGAAGGCUCUCCAGUGUUAAUCAUCCGCGUUGGAGAUGCUUUUUGCAAGGCCUGCUUCAAGGAAUAUUUCGUUCACAAGUUCCGUGCCAUGCUUGGGAAGAAUCGCUGCAUUUACCCUGGAGAGAAGGUUCUUCUCGCAUUUUCAGGUGGCCCUGCCUCUAGUGCGAUGGUGCGGCAAGUGCAGGAGGGCCUGAGCCAAAGAGCAGCCAAGAAACUCCGCUUCAAGCCAGGAAUCAUCUAUGUUGAUGAGGGAGCUGUGUGUGGACAGAGCCUGAGCCAGCGGGAGGAGAUCCGUACUGAGGUGGAGACCAUCCUGCAAGCCACAGGGUUCCUUUAUCAUGUAGUGAGCUUAGAAGAGGUGUUCAGCCUUCCUAGUUCUGUCCUGUGCUCGCUUCCCACUGGCAUCUCUGCUCAGGACCAGAGCUACAAAGAUGCUGUUGAUGACUUCAUAAAACAGCAGCAGGAAAAGGUGGAGGACAACCCAGGCUCCAUGGAAGACCAGCUGGGAGAGCUCAGCCUGCAAGACUGUCCAAAGAAAGAAGGGGACGUGAUUCCAGGAACUUGGCCCCCUCCUGAUUCCCAUACGGAAACUCUGACACGCCUCUUUGGGGCUGUGAAAAGCCUGACCGCAAAAGAGGAACUUCUGCAGACCCUCCGGAACCACCUGAUCUUGCACGUUGCCCGGACAAGGGGGUACAUCAAGGUGAUGAUGGGGGACAGCUGUACGCGUGUGGCAGUCAAGUUGCUGACCAACCUCUGCCUGGGACGAGGGGCCUUCCUGGCAACAGAUACAGGCUUCUCGGACAGCCGCCACGGUGAUGUGCUCUUCCUGCGCCCCAUGCGGGAAUAUCCUGCCAAAGAGAUUGUCUUCUACAACCACCUUUUUGGAGUGCCCACCAUCUUCACGCCUGCGCUAGACACCAAAGCCUCGGAGCGAGCCAGCAUCCACCGACUGAUUGAGAACUUCCUGGCCAAGCUACAGUCCGAGUUCCCUUCCACUGUCAGCACUGUCUACCGGACAGGAGAGAAGCUCUGUGUGAGCCCUCAAGAGGCCGCUCCUAAUGGACCUGAAGGGCCAGCGCGGUGCCUCUUCUGUCUGUGUGCUCUAGACACAAAUGUUGUGGACGGCUCUUCCUUGCAGGCAGCGCUGUUCUCGGAGCAGCUGGGCCAGAGACCACCACCUCUGCCAGAUGGGAAUGGAUGCUGCCGAGGAGGGGCCUGGAGCCAGACAGGAUGCGGUGGCCGUCCUCCGGCAGGAGGAGACGCUCACCCAGGCCGAGCUGAGCUGGUUCCCUUGCUCUGUUACAGCUGCCGGUUGACCGUCAAAGACAUGAGAUGCCUGGAGUGGCUCCCAUCUUACAUCAGCUUAGAAGCCGAGCGCCGGCGAUGCAGGUCUGCCAUGAAACGGGAAAUCCAGGAAUUUCUGCUUGAAGAAGAUCAUGAGCCGACAGCCUAAGAACCACCCGGCGUCUUGGCUUCGAACUCCCACUCAACGACUGGGAAGGAGAUCACCGGGGCUGAAGACUCCCAUCUCCUUGUAAAUCCUUACCUUUUAAUCUGUGCUAAGCUGUGGUUACAAUUUUCUAAUAAAUUAUUUUGGAUCCAGUA